CUCAUCUCACUGCGCCAGCAGCAAAUGACCCUUACUGGAGAUCUCUCGUUGGCUGUGGCUACAGCAGGCGAGGAGACCCAUUUGUCGCUCGAAUCGGACGCCUUUCGCGUCUCCAAAUAAGUUUUCUAUUCAAUGAGCUCAUCAAAAUUAAAGCCGGAAGUAGAAAGAACUGAGACACGAACCAAGAGCAGAUGGACCUGUUGGCAUUACGUUUGCAUCAAUACAGUCGGUAGUAUUUGCUUUUGCUUUCCGUUACGAGCAUUGGGCGAACAUGUCUUCGUGGUCUUGCUCUUACUCCUCAGUUACGAUGUACCUUUUCGUCUUUUCGCCUUUCCAGACAGUCGGUAGAAGGGAGCUUAGAUAUCGACCACGUCUUGGAUGUGCUAGUACUGAUGAUGUUUCACGUCCAGCCAAUGCGCUGAGAGACUAUCAGUAUACGAGUCAGCUUCCCCCACUACCAUCCCCGUUCGCGGCUCGACAACGAACAGAAAUUGAGAGCGACUUCCAGUUAUUGGCAAAUCCUCACCGUCAACAAAUGAACACUGCUGCCGUGGGAGACGUAGACACCAAUUUCGGCGACGGCAACGUUCCAUACAAUAACGAGUAUCUUUCGCUCAAUCGCAAACCAACCCAAAAUCCGGGCCCAGUCCGUGAAUUCUCGCGGAAACAUUUGCCGAGACCUCUUUCCUGGACCGAGGAGGAGAAAUCCAGCAGACGAGCAGGCUACUCACGCGGCUUGCCUCCUGAAAUGUACUCCCCAUCUCUGAAUCGCAUGGCUAGCUUUUAGUUGGACUUCUGGGAGGAGCUUGGCUGGUUGUACCCUUGAUUAUCAUGGCUGUCCACUCGUCACUGACGAAGACCAUGAUCACCGUCUACCGCGGUCGUACUCUUCGUGCUGGCGGUGAGUCUUUUUUUUGAGCUGGACAACAGAGACACUGUGACUGCAACAUCGACUUAUGCUGCGGUCCUGGUCGUUUUCGUCGGGGCAAGUACAAGCGGAUCUUGAGCAGCAUGCAGUU